UGCUAUUCAGAGCUGCUGUUGGAAUACCAUGUCUAAGAACUCGGAGUUUAUCAAUCUGUCAUUUCUGUUAGACCAUGAGAAGGAAAUGAUCCUGGGAGUCUUAAAGAGAGAUGAAUACUUGAAAAAAGUGGAGGACAAGAGAAUAAGGAAGCUGAAAAAUGAACUCUUAGAAGCAAAACGUAGAAGUGGGAAGACUCAGCAACAAACCAGCAGAGUCUGUGUUCACUGCCAGAGAAACCUGGGCUUAAUAUUUGACCGAGGAGAUCCAUGCCAGGCCUGCUCCCUGAGAGUGUGCAGCGAGUGUCGGGUCUCAGGCCUCGAUGGCAGCUGGAAGUGCACUGUCUGUGCCAAAGUCGCACAGCUAAGGAUUAUAACUGGUGAAUGGUUUUUUGAAGAAAAGGCAAAGCGGUUCAAGCAAGUCAACGUUCUGGGCACUGAUAUAGUCCGACAGUCCAUCUUAAGAAGAAGUCCAGGAACUGAAGAAACACAAAGUCAAGAGCAAUCCCGCCAGGACCGAGAAAAGGCAGAUACUUCACCUUCUUCCGGGCAAAAGGCCAGUCGUGAUGGACCCAGGAAAAAAGGAUUUCUUCUGAGCAAGUUCAGAUCAGCAACCAGGGGAGAGAUCAUGACUCCAAAAACGGAAAGUGGGCGGAGCUACAGCUUGGACCUAGACAGCCAGAACUUUCGGAGUUUAAAGUCAGUCCCUGGUUCAGACAGGGGAAGCAUGGGUUCAUCCGAUCUUAAUGACCAGGAAGCUGGCCCCUCAACCCCGAAAAGCAGCCGGAGCAGUGGUGUGACCUCCAUCACUCAGAGGUCACCAGCCCCAAGCACACACAAUGUGGCCUCAGUCAGCAUUAGAAAGCGACAUGGUUUUGAAAGUUCCAUGGAUUUGGCUGCCAUCGAAAGCACGUAUGAGGACCUCACAAAGAGUCAUCGCAGAAAUGUUUCUGGUACACCUUCCAUAGCGGUGUCUGAGAUCUCCCUUUCCUCAGACCGGAGUCGAUCUGAGUUAGAUCUGAGUGGGUCAUUUCCAGAAGACUUAGAGAAUACUGUAAGCAUAAGAAGCAAGUCCGUCCCUGGGGCUUUAGACAAAGACUUGGACUCCUUGGAAGAGACUGAGCAAGGUGCUCAUGGUUUAGUGUCCUCCCGGUUUUCUGCCAACACCCACAGUCUAGCAAGUGGCCUGUCUACCAAUUUUCAACCAGGCUGUGACAGGAAGUGGACCUACCUAAGUGUCCCUGAUGCUGACUCAGACACUACCAGCCUUAACAGCAUGAUGAGUGUUUACAGUGAAACAGGAGACUAUGGCAACGUGAAGGUCAGUGGUGAAAUCCUUCUCCACAUCAGCUACUGCUACAAAACUGGCGGGCUCUGCAUUUUUGUCAAGAAUUGCAGAAAUCUGGCCAUAGGAGAUGAAAAGAAACAGAGAACAGAUGCCUAUGUCAAGUCGUACCUUCUUCCUGACAAAUCCAGAAACAAUAAGCGCAAGACCAAGAUCAGAACAGGCACCAAUCCAGAAUUCAAUGAGACACUAAAGUACACCAUCAGCCACACCCAGCUGGAGACGAGAACUCUGCAGCUCUCGGUCUGGCAUCAUGAUCGAUUCGGACGUAACAGCUUCCUCGGGGAGGUGGAGAUUCCUUUUGACUCAUGGAACUUUGAAAAUCCAAGUGAUGAGUGGUUUGUGCUUCAGCCCAAGGUGGAAUUCGCUGCAGACAUAGGCCUUCACUAUAAAGGAGAGCUAACAGUUGUUUUACGUUACAUCCCCCCAGAGGAGAACCUGAUGAUUCCUCUAGAACAAGUUCAAGGAAAGAAGACCUUCAAAAGGGGAAAGAAGAAGGAGUCACCCGUAAUCUUUGGAGGAAUACUGGAAGUGUUCAUCAAAGAGGCAAAGAAUUUGACAGCGGUGAAGUCAGGAGGCACUUCUGAUAGCUUUGUGAAGGGCUACCUGCUCCCAGAUGACAGCAAAGCUACCAAGCACAAAACUCUGGUGGUAAAGAAGAGUGUUAACCCUCAGUGGAAUCAUACUUUCAUGUUCAGUGGCCUGAACCCCCAGGAUAUAAAGAAUGUUUGCCUAGAACUUACUGUCUGGGACAAGGAGGCGUUUUCCAGCAACAUCUUUCUGGGAGGAGUUCGUUUGAAUUCUGGAACCGGUGUGAGCCAUGGGAAGAGUGUGGAUUGGAUGGACUCUCAAGGGGAAGAGCAACGCCUGUGGCAGAAGAUGGCGGACAAUCCUGGGACUCCCGUCGAGGGUGUGCUCAUGCUCCGGUCCAGCAUGGGGAAGUGUAGGCUCUGAAGGUACCAGUCUCCAAAGUGAGACCUCCAGGCACUGUCUGUCUGCUGUUUGAUCCCAGUAUUGGUCUUGCGACCUGGGAUUCUGCUUCCCUGCCAUUUUUCACCUGAGGGUAUUGGGACAUGUGAGUAGGGAUGUCCACGUUAUGA